AUAUAAAACUUGUAUCACGUGCUCCGGCUUCUAUUGGUCAAUGACGUCAUAUAAAAAGCAUGAUGGCGAGUGCCCUGUGACAGAAAACGAAAGUGUAAGAUGUUCCAUAUCUCAGGAAAGUAAUGAUUCAAUGAUGUCAUAUCCUUUUGAAGGACAGCAAAGAAGACCCAAUGCUAUACAACCUUCACCUAAUCAUGGUCAAGUUGAUAGAGCAACUGAAAACAGGAAAAGGGCGAUUGAAAGGUUAAACAAGAAGAAAAAUGGGCAAAAUGUUCAGAAUGUAGAAGUUCAUAAGAGUAUUUCUGAGUCAAAUGUUGCUCAUGGAAGUGCAGCUGUAUUCCCAAGUACUCCACCACCUAAUUCAUCACAAAAUCAAUCUCGAACAACUAGUUAUUCUCCCCGAUUUAGAAAGCAAUCAACUGAAGUGAACUCAUCACAAAACAGUUUUUGGCAUUCUCCUAUUUCAUUAGAAACAUCUGUAGCGAAACCUGCUACAAGUUUUAGUCCACGAAUGAGAAGAAAAUCAGCAGAGUCUAAAAGUUUCUCUGAGUCAAAUGUUGGCCACGAAAAUGCAGAUACAUUUCCCAGUACUCCGCCACCUAAAUCACCACAAAAUCAAUCUCGAGCAAUUAGUUAUUCUCCCAAGUUCAGAAAGAAAUCAACUGAGGUUGACUCAUCACAAAGCAGUUUUUGGCAUUCUCCGAUUUCAUCAGAAACAUCCAUCAGUAAACCAAUAACAAGUUUUAGUCCGCGAAUGAGAAAGAAAAUGACAAGUAACAUCGAUAAGUCUAUAGAAGAUUCCACUUCACCCCUAAGUCCUAAUGUAAAAAGAAGUUUAUUUGUAUCUUCAGGAAGUAAUGUUGUAGCAAAGAGUAACAGUAAUGUUUCUACAGUUUCAAAACCUGAGCAGGGCACUAGCCUCACCAUAAUACAAAAACAAAGAAUGGAAGAAAAUCGGCUCAAAGCAUUAAACUCUUUAAAAGAGAAAGGGUUUUCUACUACAAGUGUACAAAAAACGCAGUUUCUGCAAAAUGAAAAACAAAAGGCUGAGGAUAAUAAGAUAGUUAAAACAUCAACACAAUUUGUCAAUAACUCUCCAUCUUUACAGACAACAUCUGCAAGAGUAUCCGUCAAUGAACAACAAAGGGCAGAAUCUAACAAACAGAAAGCAAUAAAGAAGCUGCAGCAACGAAAGAGUCUUCAGAGUUCUCCACAGACAGAACAAGGCAGUCAGUACCCUGCUGGAUACCACUCUCCACCAAAACAGGAGAUUAAGAUCAAAUUGUCUGUUAAAAAUGUUACGUGGUUCCAAGUGGAGCAUGAAAUGAAAUUUAAAGAUGCUAUAAAACAGUGUGUUAGUAAAUUGGAUCGAAAACAAUAUGACCCUGCUACUAAAUUUUGGUUGUUGCACAUUCAGGACUACAACGCGGCAGUGGAUCUUUUCAAACAUAAUUUAAAUGUUUCUAUUGAUCACAUUCCAUCAAGUGUUGUAUUGAUACUACAGAAAAAUCAUCGAGAGAGUAAAGUUUGCAUCAGAACAGAUAUAGGUGCCAUUGAACCAGACAUACUUGAAACGUUAUAUCCAUUUCAGAGGAAAGGUGUCCUAUUUAGUGUUGAAAAAAAUGGCAGAGUUUUAAUUGCUGACGAUAUGGGACUGGGAAAAACAGUUCAAGCAAUCGCCUUAGCUUCGUAUUAUAAAAACGAAUGGCCCGUACUAGUUUUAUGUCCAUCAUCAGUAAAAAUGUCAUGGCAACAACAUUUCCUUUCAUUCAUUCCCUCCUUAACAGAAGAUGGUGUGAAUAUUGUGUUCACAGGUAAAGAUAAUCCAACUAUUGGGGAUGUAAACAUUAUCAGUUAUGAUAUGGCAUCAAAAUUAGCAGAUGUUAUAGCGUCAAAAAGAUUCAAAGUAAUCAUAGCGGAUGAAUCACAUUUGUUAAAAAAUAGGAAUGCAAUUCGAACUAAAAAUAUCGUUCCAAUUAUACAGAAGUCAAAACGAGCUAUAUUAUUGUCUGGUACACCAGCUUUAUCAAGACCAAAAGAAUUGUACACUCAAAUAGCGGCACUGUAUAAGUUUCUGUUUCCCAACUAUAUCAAGUUUAGUCAACGAUAUUGUGAUGCCAAACAGGGUAGAUUUGGUUGGGAUGAUUCUGGAUGCUCUAACUACGAGGAAUUAAAUAGUGUUUUAAAAUGUACAAUGAUGAUCCGACGAGUAAAGGAAGAUGUUUUGCAAGAUUUACCACCAAAAAGCAGGAGCAUAGUGUUCCUGGAUCCCACAUUGAUCCAGAAAACAAAAGAUUUGCUGAAGGCUGAAGCUAUUCUCCUAAAUAAGAAUGGUGACCAGGAAAGUGCAGUACGAACAUAUUACCAAGCAACAGCUGCUGUGAAGAUCAAAGGUGUUUGUGAAUUCCUAUCGGACAAACUAGAAUUUCAACAAAAAUUAAUCGUAUUCGCUCACCAUCAGAUCAUGUUGGAUGCUAUUGAACAAAUGCUCAAGAAAAAGAAUAUCACAUCAGUACGUAUAGAUGGUACAACACACAGUAGAACGCGCCAAAGAAUGAUCGAUUUCUUUAAUAACGAUCAGUCUUGCUUGGUAGCCAUCUUAUCAAUCACAGCCGCUGGUCAAGGUAUCACGCUUACUGGCUCAAGUAUUAUAAUUUUUGCCGAAUUGUAUUGGAAUCCAGGGCAUUUGAUACAAGCUGAAGAUAGAGCACACAGGAUUGGUCAAACCAACUGUGUUACUGCUAUCUACCUGAUUGCGAAGGAAACUGCUGAUGACUACAUAUGGGAGAAGGUGAAAAGCAAACUAGCAGUGUUGACUUGUCUUGGUAUUGGGAAGAAGAAAGGAUUAGAUGGUGUUGCGUCUUCUUUCACUAAUCCCAAACAGAAGCGAAUCCUCGAUUACUUCACGGAGUUGCUGGACAAAGAGAACGAUUUUCACGGGUUUUUUGACGAAAAUUCAUCGACUGUUUCUCAACCUCCAGAGAAACGCGUAAAGCUUACGUAAACACAAGUGACACACCAAUUCCAAAAAUUUUUUACCAUGAACUAGUUUCUAGCUUCCCUUAAAUGUUGUAAGUCUUUGGUAACAUGUGGUCGAGGUAUUAACGUUCUGGAUCAGCUUGUUUCAAAAGAGAGAAUAUAAACCAUUUUGGACUACAUAAAGUCCAUGUUCACAGCAUAAAACUUUUGCGCCAAGCCAUCCAACUCAAACCCUACACCUUCAAACGUUAAUUUAAUAACGAAUUGUUUGAUAAAUUUUUUGUUCCAUUUUGAUAUUGCGGUUAAUAGCAACAAACUUUAUAUUUUUUCCUUGUCGAGUUUUUAUUAUUUUUUUUUUGUUCUUUAACUUUCGAAAUUUUUUAGUAUAAUUAUAGGAAAUUAACGAAUCAUAACAUUUUUUUCUUUUGUCAGGCUUAAUUCUGUGUAAGCGUUAAAUAAGCAAUACAUUACACUCGUAUCCGUGUUAAUUUUGUUGCUUUUAAAAUAUCGCUAAACAAAUGAAGUUUUUGAAUUUCGCUAAACCAGUUACCACUGUACUUAUAUAUUCGAGUUGCUACAAAAGUGAUUCGUUAAUUUCCUAUAUUUAAAUUAUUCCGGGAAGAAAUUAUUGUGGCAUGGUUUAGCAUAUAGUGUUAAUUUUCAGUGUUGAAACUUGUUUAUUCUGUGUCGUGUUUGUGCUUGCGAUGCGAUUUUCAUCGUGUUUGUUUCGUGUUAUGUUUUCUUGCUUUUUUUUUUUUGAUUUUUUGAUUCUUUUUUUUCCGUCUUUUGUUUUGUUGAUAGUUUAAACUAACCAUCAUACCCGCGUGAUUUUUUUAGUCGGUUUACUAGUUAAUCGUUUUGUCACAGACGUGUGUGUGUGAGAAUUCAUUAAAAAAAAAAAAAUUCGUCUUGAGUUUUUCUGAUUUUCGUCACCUUUUAAAAUUUUUAUAGGGCCAGCAUUGUUAGUGAGGGAAGGGCAAAGAUAUUCAUUAACGGUCACUUCUCUUCCUCAAGCCUUUUUUUGAUACCUCAAGAUAUUUUAUAAGAGAAAUGAUAAUCUGUAGAUAUAUUUUAUUUAUAUUAAAAGUGAUAUUCUUUUUUGUUUAAUUUAAAGAAAAAACACGCAUAAAUUGUGUCA